GCCUGAGAAUAUACGGGUUGACUAGCCUACAUUACCCAGAAUGCGCGCUGGCUAGGUGUCCUGCGCAUGGGCCCGUUUGUGCUGUGUAAUGUUAGCUGAUACAGUGGACAGUGGAGGUCAUUUGACGAGCCGAUGAUGAUGAUUAUUAAUCAGUCAGUGAGAGAACACAAUCGCGCGCUCACGACGGGAGCGAGUAUCGAGCGCGCGUCCGCUGAGGUGCGCGCGGAGCGUCGAUUUAAGUGGCAGGCCCGUGCAGGAGCGGACUGAAGCGGCAUCAUGGCACCACAGCAGCCCGGCAACCUGCGCGUCUUCUCCCUCAACUGCUGGGGUAUUCGUUUCCUCAGUAAGCUCUGUGCGCAGCGGUAUGAGAUGAUUGGGGAGUUGCUGGGCCGAGAGCAGCACGACAUCGCACUCUUGCAGGAAGUGUGGAGUGAAAGAGAUUUCCUGUUCCUGAAGAGAAAGCUCUCCUGCUCUCAUCCUUACACACACUAUUUCAAGAGUGGGGUCAUUGGCAGUGGUCUUGCUGUGUUUUCCAAACACAGAAUCCAGGAUGCUCUGCUUUACCAGUACUCUCUCAAUGGAUAUCCAUAUAUGCUAAGCCAUGGCGACUGGUUUGGAGGUAAAGCAGCUGGACUGGUCAUUGUAGAGGUUUUUGGGUUAAAGGCACACGUCUACGUUACUCACUUACAUGCCGAGUACUCCAGGGCUCAAGAUGGAUACCUGCCUCACAGAAUAGUGCAGUCGUGGGAACUGCAGCAGUUUGUGCGCCACACAUCCCAUGGAGCAGAUCUGGUGAUUUUGGGAGGGGAUCUAAACAUGCACCCUCAGGACCUUGGAAACCGUCUUCUCAGGUCCCACACUGGACUCAGAGACUGCUAUACUGAAACAGAUAAGUUUGAUGGCUGUGAAGAUGGCCACACACUAAUAGCAAACAAUCACUUCACAAAGAAGCAGGAUCUCAUUCCUUUUGAGAAGGGCAUCAGGAUUGACUAUAUUCUCAUCAAGGGCUCUCAGAGAGUGAGCGUGAAAUGUGAGUCUCUGUCCACCACCAAGGGUUCAGUGUCUGAUAAACCCUUUCCAUAUUCUGACCAUGAAGCUCUGAUGGCCGAUCUGAACCUGCUGAGCUCACAGGACUGCACUGAUGCACCGCCUGCAUCAGAUCAAAUGGAUGUAGUCUCGGAGGCGCGUGCGGUGGUGAAGGAAGGCCUGGGUAAAACCGAGGCGCUGCGGGAUCGAUCUCUGCACCUGAUGUUUGCUGGUCUACUUCUUCUACUGCUGGUCUUGUGCUCCAGCAGCUUCUUCUCCUUCAGCGCUGCAGGGUUUCUGGGAGCCGUGUGUGUGUUUAUACUGCUGUCUGGGGCUCUGCUGUACAUGCUCUUCACGACACACAUCAAAGUCCUGAAAGAGACUGAAGACCAGAUGAUGCUCCGCUCGCAAAACCUCCAGACCAAACUGACUGGAUGCAGAGUCUCUGGAUCUUCAUCUUCUUUUCACGCUUCUCCAGAAAUCCAACCGUCGAGUCCUUUCAAACGGGAGGAAUAAGGUUGACCGUAUAGUAAGUGCUGGUCCAGGAUCAGGUUACUGGUUUUCAGUGUUACAUGGUAAAGUGCAACAGUCGGUUCCGGAAGUAAAAACUCAUUGGUUUUCUCCGUAGGGAAAGGGAUAAGCUUUAAAUACAGGUCUAGAGCUUUUUAAGUCAUCUGUUCAUUAUUUUAAUGUAUAUUUUUAAGUAUUAUUAUUAAAACUGUAAAAAUUUAUGGUGAAAAAGCAACAUUAUCCAGCAUGCUGUAGAGAAAAUGACAACAAUCAGUUGUAUAUUAAAGAAUAUUAUAGGGAUAGUUCACCCAAAAAUGACAAUUUACUCACUUCUUUAGUGGUCGCAACCUUUUAUGAUAAUAUUUAUUAUAAUGAACACAAAAGAAAGAACUGUCACUUUAAGAGGUCAUUUGAAAACUUCUAUUUGAAAUGUCUCUCUGAAUCUAUUUAUACUGUAUAUAUACACACGCACUCAGCGGCCACUUUAUUAGGUACACCUGUCCAACUGCUUGUUAACUCAAAUUUCUAAUCAGCCAAUCUCAUGGCAGCAACUCAUGGUCAAAA